CAUUGAUGCUGUGGAGGAGGGGAAGGAGAAGGAGGAGGAGGGGGAGGAGCUUGCUGGCGUUCCUGCUGAGCAGCAACCACAGCUACUACUGCAGCAAGGGACGGAGGAGAGGAGCUGCUUAGAUGGCCAAGCGGUUGGUGGCCAAGCGGACAGCAGUGCCUGUAGCAACGGGUGUAGCAGUAACGAUAGCAGCGGCCUAGCGGCGUUGCAAGCCGCGGCGGCCCUCAGCGCUGCGGGUGGGGCACCAGGGGAAUCAGCCCGGAGCGGCGGUAGCUAUGAGGACUUGAUGGCUGCGGAAGAGGACGGGGACGACUUUGUGUUUGAAGACCUGGAGGUGCAAGGUACUGCCCCCGCAGCAGCCCCUGCGCUCUCAACCCGCCCCGUCUGCCCGUCCUCCAGCCACCCCAGCUCCUCCACGCCUCCCUACAGCUGGCCCGCGCUGCGCUCCCGCCUGCUGCACCUCUCCUCCCACGUUUCCUACGUCCUGCUUGACGACCCGGGGCUAUGGACCCACGGGUCGCUGCUGGGCGGCGUGUUCCAGCUGCUGCGGGCGCUGGGCGCGCACCGGCACGCGGGCGAGCUGGCUCCGCUGCUGCAUGCGUACGUGGGGC